UGGAGAUGAAAUAAUGCCUUGAUCUCUUUGCUGUUCCACAGACGAAACAGAACGUUUGAACUGUUUGUGACUACACUUUCCAUUAGUGCCACUGUUGCAGUCAAAAGUGAUAGAAAUGGCCAUCCAAUACUCAACAUGAAUGAAGACAAUUGUUUACCAGAAAUUGGACGGUUUAAACCCCAGAUUGGAAAUAGGAGAUCGAUAAAUUGGAUUCUUAGAAAAAUUACUUCCCUCUUUAAUGGCUUUGUGCGCACACAUUUGAAGAAUCAGAUCUGCAACAAGUUGCAAACACUCCUUGCUGAUUUAAACACACAGCUGAAAACAUUAAAAGCCAAAGUAAGUGAAUAUGCUGAGAUUGACUACUCUCUGAGGUCUCCUGUCGUCUUUGAUAACAGCAUUGAGAUGGGAUUAAAGGGUGUAUUCUACAACACUCAACAGCGCGUAGAACCCCCCUCCUCUCCCCCAGCUUUCUCACUGGCUUCCCAGAACACCAACAUGUUCUACAUUGCAGUAUCUGCCUUCACCAUCAACUCAGCAUUCAUGGUGCUCCACAGAACUAAUGUGUUUAACAUCAGAAUCACUGAUGACAUGGUGCCUUCUGUUUCUCCAAUUCGUCUCAGCACCACAACAUUUGGAGCAUUCAUUCCUCAAAUUUCUGAAACACACCCUGAUCUGAAGUUGGAGCUAAAGGUAAAGACAGUGAAGGAGCCCAUCAUUAAAUUUGAACCAAAUCAUGUGAUUCUUCAGCUCCUGAGUACAGUGACAGCUUAUGAUGUCCAAUCUGGCAACACACCGACUCAACUCUUUGUCCUCAAUCUGGAAAGCGUUGCCAGUGUUCAAGUGUCUGUAGAAGAGGGUGAUCUGGCAUUCAAUUUAACCCUUGAGAAAAUUGAAGGGAGUAUGAACGGCAAACCAUUUAAGGUUGAAAAAACCCAUUUCCUGACCGUGAUCAUGCACAACAUUGUGUUUCCCAUUAUUAAAGCUCACUUAGCCAAAGGUUUACAACCUCCUGGUUUAUUAGGAUCCUAUAUUGGGAAGGUACACGUUGUAAAGCCUCAAGUUAAGGUUCUUAAUGAUUACGUGUUGAUUGGAACAGAUAUCGAGUUCGAAGAAAACACCUCAUCUUAGCACCACUGAGGGAAAAUAUUUUUGUAAAGGCGAUUUAAAGAUAAAUCAAAUGCAUUUACCUCUAAAAAAAAUCAUGUUUUGAAAUUUGCAUGAAUAAAUAAACAGGGCAAUA